UCUCGCUUUAUUUCUUCAGUCUCUUCUCGUUCGUCCAUGGCGUCCGCGAACCCUAAUGCCCCCUCGGCGCGGCCCCCAGCGUGAUCUUUGGGGAACCCUAGUCCUCUCUUCGCCAAGAAUUCAGCUUUUGGAGCCCUAGCGCCCCUAGAUUGUACUUUUUUGAAUUUUAAUGUCUUGAAGAAGAAACGGCUUGCAAGAAAUUAAUAGUAUAUUAUUGCCGAAUAGGCUGAUAGUGUUGAGGGAGCGGAAAACGUAUAGUUUGUUAACCGUAAAAUUUCAUGGCUGAAGAUAGUCUGAGGCAUAAUGGAUUCUCGUCGGGCCUGGCUGUUUUAUUGUCGGAUGAUGAUCCGAGAGGAGUUUCUCAAAAUUCUCACUUGAUUUCAUACUGCGGUGACAUUGGUAACCAGUCGAUGGAACGCACUCUGGAGCAUAUAUUUGAUUUGCCUCACAAGUCAGUUCGUCCGUCUGGUAGUUCAAUUGAUGUUGAAUUCAUCCGUUCCAUUUUGAGGAACCAACUUCCAAGAUUUCAGCUUGAUCCAGAAGUAGAUAGCCGUAAGAGGGAUGGCAUGUCCAUUGUGAACCAUGGGUCGGGCCCGAAUAUCGUUGUUAUAGAUGAUGCAAGCAUUUGUGGAGAUAUCAAGAUUUUAAGGAAGCCACUGCUUGUAGAAAGCCUUGCUGCGUUCAGUAGUGCCCGAGCAAAUUCCUGUGUAUGGAAGCGGAAGUGGAUGUAUGAAGUGACUCUCGAAACUUCAGGGGUUCAGCAGCUUGGAUGGGCCACUAUUUUAUGUCCCUUCACUGAUCGCAAAGGUGUUGGAGAUGCAGAGGAUUCAUAUGCUUUUGAUGGGAAGAGGGUAAGCAAAUGGAACAAGGAACCUAAGUCCUAUGGUCAGUCGUGGGUUGUCGGUGAUGUGAUUGGAUGUUGCAUUGAUUUGGAUGCUGACAUGAUUUCCUUUUAUAGGAACGGGGAAUCUCUUGGUGUGGCAUUCGAUGGUGUUCGUAAGAUGGAGCCUGGGCUUGGGUACUAUCCUGCAAUUUCUCUUUCUGAAGGAGAGAGCUGUGAUUUGAAUUUUGGGGCCCGACCAUUCAAGUACCCCAUCGAUGGAUUUCUCCCUAUCCAGGCUCCACCUUGUUCCAGAUACUUUGCUACUUAUUUGCUCCAGUGUUUGUGCAGGCUAUUUGAGGUACAGUGCUUGGAUAAUUCUGAGUCAGCAUACUUUGAGAAAUUGAGGACGUUGAAAAGGUUUGCACCGCUCAAGGAAUUAUUCUCCUCCAUAGCUUAUGGGAUUUGUGAGGAGUUCUUUAACUUAAUCGAGGAAAGUGAGGGGUGUACUGAAUAUAUUGCAUCAGAUGCCUUUGUAUCAUUCUUAUUAGAAGUAUUUGGAGCACAGGAACCACAUGAUUACGCAUGUUUGGAUCAAAUUAUUGACCUCUUUUCAAAGUUUUCAGGAUCAAGUUCUUUGUUCCAGCAUGUAAUCGUGGCACUUUCUUGUAGUUGCAAAGUGGCACCAAUUGUACUGAUGGAAUGCCCUUAUUCUGGGUCAUAUCCUUAUCUAGCACUGGCCUGCCAUAUUCUCAGGCGUGAAGACAUGAUGGUCUUGUUGUGGAAGUCACCUGAUUUCGGAUUCUCACUGGAGGGGUUCCUGUCCAGAAAGAGCCCAAACAAGCAGGAUUUGCACAGCCUUAUUCCAUCAGUUUGGUGGCCUGGUUCAUCUGAAGACAUUGGUUCUGAAAGUAGUAUGGUGAUGACAAUGACAGCAUUGUCUGCAGCGAUAAAUAAGAUUGAGGAAAUGCAACGGGAAAUCUGUACUCUGGUCAUACAUUUCAUUCCUCCAGUAUCUCCCCCUCAGUUACCUGGGUCUGUGUUUAGGACAUUUAUACAGAAUCUCAUAUUAAAGGUCAGAGGUGCAGAUCAUAAGAAUCCUCCUUCAGGUGUUUCAAGCAAUUCUAUACUUGUCUCUUUGUAUACGGUAAUUCUCCAUUUCCUAUCUGAAGGUUUUUCUGUGGAAGAUAUCCCUGGUCUGAUGAAGGGCUCUAGAAUGAAUGCUGGAACAGAUGGUGGAUUUCUUCAUAGGGGUGGAAAGAGAAGCUUUCCUGUGGAGUUGUUUCUCAAAGCUGAUCCAAAUUGCAUUAGGAUUCCUAGAAUCGGAGGCUCAGUAAAUCAUGUAUUAAAGUCUCACCAAGUCAAUGCUUUAGAAACUGAGAAAGUAUUUUGGGAUGAAGGCUGCAUGGAUGAUGAAGAUGCAAGAAUAACGCAUUCUACAAGGCAAAAGCCUUGCUGUUGUUCAGUAUCUGAUGUUGAUGUUGUCCAAACUUCAAAAGAUAAUAUCAGAUAUGCAACCAAAAGUUCAAAGGGCACUUGCAGUCCUAUUCCAGAGAGAUCAGCUCAUGUUGCAGCAGAGUGCAGUGUGAGGAGUUUGAGUGAUGAGAUUACAGAUAAACCAAGUUCAAGUGAUCAGUCGGAAACUGACUUUGGAUAUCAAUCCUUGCAGCAUUUGGAGAGUGUACCAAUGACCGAUCAAUUAUCUUCAGGCACAUUAAGAGAAGAGGAGUUGCUUGAUAUUAUGCUAUUGUUGUAUCAUCUAGCUGUUGCACCAAACUUCAGGCAGGCAUUCUACUACAUGACACAUCAGUCACAAUCAAUUUCUCUCUUAGAUGACACUGAUAAACAAAUAAGAGAAAGAUCUUGCAUCGAGCAAGUAAAGCGUUUAAAGGAAGCUCGCAAUGUUUAUCGUGAAGAAUUAGUUGAUUGUGUCAGACAAUGUGCAUGGUACCGCAUUUCUCUUUUUUCUCGGUGGAAGCAAAGAGGAAUGUAUGCUACAUGCAUGUGGGUUGUGGAACUACUCUUGGUUCUGAGCAAUACUGAUUCUAUUUUCCUUUAUGUUCCAGAAUAUUAUGUGGAAUCCCUGGUUGACUGUUUUCAUGCAUUGCGCAGGAGUGAUCCUCCUUUCGUUUCUUCUGCAAUUUUUAUCAAGCACGGGCUUGCUCCAAUUAUAACCUUUGUUGUGAAGCACUUCAAUGAUCCACGAAUAUCAAGUGCGGACAUAAAAGAUCUUCUUCUCCAAUCGAUAUCAGUCUUAGUACAAUACAGGGAUUAUUUGGUUGCUUUUGAGAAUAACAAAGAAGCUGUUAGGAGAAUCCCAAGGGCAUUGCUGUUGGCAUUUGAUAACAGAUCCUGGAUUCCGGUCACGAACAUACUAGUAAAGCUAUGUAAAGGUUCAGGAUUUGGUUCCUCAAAGCAUGCAGAAACUUCGUCAUCUGCACUUUUCCAGGUCUUACUACGAGAGGCAUGCAUUCAUGAUGAAGUGCUAUUCUCUUCAUUCCUUAAUCGGCUUUUCAACACACUUAGCUGGAGCAUGACUGAGUUCUCUGUGUCCAUUCGAGAGAUGCAGGAGAGUUAUCAGAUCGGUGACUUGCAGCAAAGAAAAUGUGGUGUUGUUUUUGAUCUUUCAUGCAGUCUUGCAAGGAUUCUGGAAUUCUGUACACACGAGAUCCCCCAAGCAUUCAUUUUGGGGCCUGACAUGAAUCUUCGGAGGCUAACAGAGUUGGUCAUCUUUAUUUUGAACCACAUAAUUUUGGGUGCCGAUGCUGAGUUUUUUGACUUGUUACUUAGGCGACCUGGCCAACAUCAAGAGAAAUCAAGUCGGACCAUGAUCCUAGCACCUCUUGUUGGCAUCAUCCUUAACCUCAUGGAUGCAAGUGCGGAUUAUGGAAAUCAGGAGCUGAAUGAUGUUGUAGCGGUGUUCUUAAACAUGGAUUGUCCUGCUACAGUUCAUUUUGGAUUUCAAUACCUCUUGAGCUAUGAUUGGAGCAAUGUCCUGCAAGGGGAUGCUUCUCUUGCAAAACUAGUGCAGCUCGAGGAGUUCUUGAACUACCUGAGAAGCAGAACAGAGGCACUAGAUAGGAUAGGAGAAUUAGGAAUCAGCACAGAUGAUGAAGGGGAGAACCAGUGCUGCAUCUGUUAUGCCUGUGAUUGUGAUGCCUUUUUUGAGCCCUGUCGUCACAGGUCUUGCCUUGGCUGCAUUACCAGGCACCUCUUGAAUAGCCAGAGGUGCUUCUUUUGUAAUGCAAAGGUCACCGCAGUAAUGAGGGUGGACCUGAAGGACUGCAAGUUGGAGAACUUGGGCUGAAACACCGGUGCAUAAAAGGCGUUUGCUCGUAUCAUCCACGCCUGCUACCUGACCGAGCCGAAAUUAUUGGCAAAAUAUGGUUGGUAAAGGGCCGGCAAAGUUGCAAUUUUUUUUUUGGAAGAGAAGCACCAACAUCACUGGACAGUGGCUCAGAAAGGAUUGGAUUGCAGGGAUAGUACUUGUAUAAAGAUAAAAAUAGAAUAUAAUAUAUAGGCCCCGAAGUUAUGGGGUUUUAUAGGAGGAUUGAGAGAAGAAAUGGCUAUAGGACGCUGCAGGUGAAUUUUGUAGUAUCAAGGCAUUUUAGUUUGUAAAUAGGAGAUGUAAAGUGGAGAUAAUCUUUCUUCUUUCAAUCCAAAAAGGCUAAACUGGGUCACGGGUUAUAAUAUAGGCUGGCAAGGAAUUUUGUCUUACAAUGUUAGUUUUAUUCUGUACUUGAGAAAAUAUGCUGCGGGGGCACGUUGUCUGCAGACUUUUGUUAGUGGCAGCAGUUUCACUUUUUUCAGUCCUUUUUUUUUUUUUUUCUGUUCUUGUAUUAGAAAAGCUAUAUUUUUUUCAAAUGGAGAACAAUGUUCAAUUAUCAGUCGAUUAGUA